CCGUCAGGCUCCGCCCCUCAGCCGCUCCCGCUGGCGGAGGACGGUGGCCGCGAGGGCCCGUUUCGCGCUCUCCCAUGGCGGAGCGGGAGAAUGUCGCUGGUGCUGGGGCUGCUGUCGCACACGCUGAGCAGGGUGCUGAGGUACUCCGGGCUGCGUAGGGGCUGCCAUGCCCCGCGGAGCCACGCCAUGGAGCAGGACAAGGCGCUCGAGGUUUACGAUAUAAUCCGUACUAUCCGGGACCCGGAGAAGCCAAAUACUUUGGAAGAACUGGAAGUGGUAACAGAAAACUGUGUUGAAGUGCAGGAGAUAGGAGAAGAGGAGUAUCUGGUUAUCAUCAGGUUUACACCAACAGUACCUCAUUGCUCUUUGGCUACUCUCAUUGCUGGAAAUCUACAUAACUGAAGGUACACAUUCCACUGAAGAAGACAUCAACAAGCAAAUCAAUGACAAGGAGAGAGUAGCAGCUGCGAUGGAGAACCCGAACCUGCGUGAAAUCGUGGAGCAGUGUGUCACAGAGCCUGACUAGCAGCUGGGGCAGCCACACUUACCGUUUUGAUACAUUUCUUAAAGUAUCUUUGUUUAAAAAAUGGAGAAAAUAAUAAUAAUCAAAUUCUUGAGUUUAAUACUUGAGUUCUUUUUAUCUUCCAUGUUUUUUUUUAAAGGAAUUGUUUAUAAGAUAGAUUUAAAUUAUGACGAGUUAGUCUUUGGAAUAGUAAAGUUUAUAGUGUUCAGAACUCUGAUUUCUGGUGUCCAGAGAAGUAUUUUGUGAUUAAAAACAGAGCAACACACAGGCAUUGCCUUCUGACAGACAUUGUGAUGUAAAUGCAGUUUUGAGAGGGGAAUUUCUACGUUGUUUCAAUCACUGCGCUGUAAAAAUAAAAGAGAUUCUUGUAUGGAGA